AGUAGUUUUAAUUAAAAAAUUAUUGAUAAAUGCUGAUCAAUGGUUAAUAAAAAGUGAUAAAUUUAAUAAUUCAAAAAUGUAUCAACCAGAUUUUUCAUCAAUUUCUGGUUUAAUUUCACAUUUAAAUAAUGAUGAAUUAAAAGAAAUUAUCAAUGAUGAUACGAAAUUCGAAGAUUUACUCAAAGACUUAGAACAGUUAAAAAGUUUUGAAACUGAAAAAGAAAUGAUAAUAGCUAGCAAUCGUUCAUUGGCCGAAUAUAAUUUAUCGAAGGAAUCCCUAUUAAUAGAGGGUCGUGAAAAAAUCCAUGAACUAUCUGAAAGUGGACAAACAAUUUAUAAAUCAAUUGAAGAAAAAAUUAAUGAAUUAAAAUCAAGACCCGGUAAUUUAUCAACAGAAGAUGCAUACAGCAGUUUACAAAUUCAAGCGUCUAAUAAAGAAGAGGAAUCAGAAAAAAUGGCACAACAUUUUUUACUUGGCGAUAUGGAUGUUGAACAAUUUCUAGAAGAUUUUGCAAAUUUACGAAAAAAUAUGCAUUUGUUAAAAGUAAAAGUUGAUAAAAUGAAAGAAUUAAUGAAUACACGAUCAAUAUUAGGUCCAACAAAUCCAAAUAUUGGUCCAAAUUAUGUAAAUACACCACCAAAUAGUAAUUUUUAUCCAUCGCCAAGUUCAGUACCGUAUCCAACUGGUGGUAUGAUUAAUAUGCCAAUGCCGGGUGUUUAUCGAAAUCAUUUUUUAUAGAAAAUAUAUGAAAUUCAUUUUUUUUUUAAAUAAUUAUUUUUAUAAUUGUAAUUUUAAUAAUUUUUCCGUAAAAAGAAUGAUGAAAAGUUAAUUUGAAUGUAAUUCUAAAGGGGAAUGAUUUUUCUGCUUUUUAGAGGAAUAAGGAAGAGGCUAAGCCUCCUACAUUUUUGAACCUCCAUUUCAAUUCUCUCUGGUUUAAUAUCGCAGUGUUAUCGUAAUU